CUUGUUGGUACAAUGAGGAAGAAAAAAAAUCAGCUGUCCACAAAGCUGUAUAAGGGGAAUAUUUCAAACCAGUGUACGACAGUUUGGCUGCAAACCCAAGUAUGUGUAGAAGCUGUAACUUGUACUUUUAUUUAUGUUUUUGUGACGGUCGUGUCCUGUCGAAAAUGUUGCGAUAAACGUAGCUGGGGCAUACGAGCUAGCAUUGUAGCUAGCAGGAUACUGUUAGUACUUAAAUGGCCGAUAAGCGCUUUGAGUUCCUUCUCUUGGCAGGGCAAUGUCUGAGUCCGGGGAAGCCAGUUGACCUUUCAGUGAAGGAGCUAGCAGCUUCUGUAGCAGAAAGUAGGGAUGUGACGACGUGUUGUGUGACCAGUUAGCAAUGGUGCAAAGGACGGGGGGAGCGUCAUCAAACCAGGUGAAGCAGAUGCGUGUGCACGCACCCCAAAGCUAACCCGACUUAUGAUGUAAAUUUAAAAUAGACACGAGUAUUUAUUUAUUUUAAACAUGUGAAAGAAAAGUCUGUCUGUUCGUUUGCCAAAUAAAACAUCUGCUUCAAACACCGGACAUUAAAAUGAUGAGACUGCUGUAAAGGUUUUGUGUGGCAGACAGCCCUCAGACCCCCCACCCCAGACGAUGGAUGACUCUUCUCAGUUGUGUAUCUCUGAAUAUGGAAACAGUGAGGAUAUAGAGGAGGAGGAGGAAGUGGAGUACGUUUAUGAAGAGGAGUGCUCGGAACCUCAUGAACAUCCCAACCAAGAUACUGAGAGAGACUCGGAUUCUUUUCCUUGCCUGCACUGUGAGAGACAUUUUGCCAGUAAACAAGGUUUGGAGCGACACAUGCACAUACAUACUUUGUCGAACGAUGAGGACCACACAUAUGAAAGCAAUACAAGAAAUAUUUCUCGUGGUUCAAAUGUAGUUCAGCUGCAGGAUGACAGGGUUAAGCCUCAGGAUUCAGUAGGCUCGGUCACGCAGCUUCAUACUUCCCCCCCCAGUCUCCCUGACACAAACAUUUUGUCAACUGGAGAUCAGAUUGCUCAGCCACAAAAGGCCGCGGUAUCGGAAGAGCACCAUGCUUGCAAGUACUGUGAAAAGGUAUUCACAACACAUAUCAACAAGCGGCGCCAUGAACGCAGGGCCCACGAAAACCACCUGCAGCCUACACAUAUGGAAAUGCCCCAGCUUCCUCAAGAGGAGGGUCUUCAGAGAAUAAACAGUGAAACGUCUCAACUGCAAACACAGCUGGGUGACAAUAAAACACCUGCAGCUGUUAAGGAGAUUGAGGGGGGGCGUGCAGAACAAUACAUGCUAGAUGUCUCUAGCAAUAUUUCAGAGAAUCUCAGCUUUUACAUUGAUGGAAAGAUAGUGUCAACAAGUACAGUCAGUAACUGUGAAACAGCUGAGGCUCAUGCUGGGUCUUCAACUUUGGUUGGACUGGAUGCACUUAUUCUAGACCCUGCACACAUCAGCCAGGUUUUAAAUACAGACUCAGUUACAUGCAAGGAAAUACCAGGUCAGUCACUUGCCAAGAGGAGAACUGCAACACCACCACUUUUACCACAAAUUAAAACUGAACUGGAGUCCGAGGUGGUUGUGUCUUCGUCUUCGUCAUCACUUGUGUCUUCUUUAAUAGAGAAUCUGCUGCCUCAGUAUACAGAGUCUACCGUUGUGCAGAAGGAAAGGACUGUUUUUUUGUCUCCAAAGCUGAAGCAGCUCCUGGAGAAGCAGGAUGGCCUUAAACCUACCCUUGCCCUCAUCGCAGAUGGCCAGAAGCCAUGCUCUCCUGUCUCUCUUACAGUCCUGCCUUCUGGAGCAGGAAGGUUUAAGAGACGAACUGGCUCUCCAACUAGCUCUCCUCAGCAAACGCAAACAUCUAGUGAAGAAAUCCAAACGGCAGACACAGGAGAUCUGGAUUCUGUGAAUAAAGGAGAGAUGGAUACUCAGCGUAGCUCACCUGUGCAACAAACAGUCAAUGAGAAUGAUGACACAACUGCAGCAGAUCCGGUAGAGAAACAUAUUUUGACAAAGACCUGGCCCCCUGUGACUGGCGGGAAUUCUUGUAACCAGCAACCUCUGGAUCUUUCUAAUACAGUCAAAAGAAAUGAAGAUGUAGCUUUAGCUGGUGCUGUGCUGGAUUUGAGUUUGCAAAAAAGGAGCCAAGGUGAAUCUGUUUCGCAGUCGAUACUGAAAGAAGGAGAAUCUAAUACACUCAUGGCGGAAAAGUCCUUGAUGAAUAUUGGAGAACAAAACAUACGCCUCGGAAAUCCUGAUACUGCUCUAGUCACAGACUUUACUAUAGUCACAGGUUCAGACAUUGUGACCCCAGUGGAUCCUGUUGCAGAGGGGCUUGUUUAUGGACUUACGCUACCCCCAAGUUCCCUGGCUCCAUCACCUGCCUCCCUGACCCCUAUUGCCUUGCAAUCAGCUUCUCCUUGCACUAUUGCAUUUGCUUCCCCAGCAUCACACACUGUGCUCCCCAAUGCUCCUCCAUUAAUUACAGUUUUGGCACCACCAGCACCUAUUUCCAACCCUUCAACCCAACCAAUCCAGGUAUUGGCCCCAAAUUUAUCACCUGAGCCCUUGGUAAUCUGCACAGACAAUGCAUUAAAUUCUUCGGAGUGCGAUUUAACAACUGCAUUUGCCGCUACAAAUUCUGCAAAUCUCGUCACUCUCUCCCAACCCCUUGACCCUACUCUAAAUCUACCUGGCCACGUGUUCCUCACUGAUCAAAUUGCUCUCAAUCCAUCUAUGGUUGAAUCCACUCCUGUGUCAGAAGUGCCAUUCACGUCCGCGGUAACUCUAAAUGAUUCCCUGCUCAACUCUUACAACAUUGCCAGCAACACAGUGUUAAUAGAGUGUACAAUAGCUCUUGAAGCCCCUGGGAGUGUAGUCCCUGCUGCAAUUACCUUACAAGAAAAUACUGCUGAGCCUCCAGCACCUACACAGAUGGUUGUUAAUCACAUAGAACAGCAACAGAUUGUAUCAGUGCCCAACCCUCAAACUGUUGACCCUACUGUUCUCGUGUCCUCUAUCGCAGAAUCAGUAACACUGUCCAGUACCACCACAGUGAUAUCUGAUAAUCCUACUGCGGGUAAGUCAAGUCCUGACCCAGAGCCUGUCGUUAGUGCAGGGCCAGAAGACCCAAAAGAUCCAAAAGAUGAGGGAGCUGCCGACAGUUCUGUUUCCAUGUCCAACAUCUCACCGAAAACCUCUCCUCCUCCUGACGAAACUGGGGAGGGAGAAUUCUCAAAUGACACUCCAUCUGAUGUACAAGAGCAGACAUUUGCCAAGAAUUUCAUCUGCAAUGUGUGCGAUAAGCUUUUCCAUUCAAUGAAAGAACUAGGGCAUCAUGUAGGUGAGCAUGCCGAUGAAUGGCCCUACAAAUGUGAGUUUUGCCUGCUGCUCUUUGGCAAACCCUCUGCUCUUCUUGACCAUCGAUCAAGCCUCCACGGCGUCGGAAAGACUUAUGUUUGCAGUGCAUGUACAAAAGAAUUUGUCUACCUCUGCAAUCUGAAACAGCAUCAGGAUGAGUUGCAUCCCGGCCAGCAGUGCACACACUCGGAAGAAGAAAAGGGAAAACUGAGACCUCAGAACUACAACAACUCAAUUAAAGUUAACGCAGAUCUUUCAGUUCCUGAAACUCAAGAGGAGCCCAAGAAAUUGGUGAAAAAGGAGGAAGUUGAAGUUGAUGUGACUGGCGAAGAACUGUUUACAACAAUUAAAAUCAUGGCUUCAGAUGGAGGCAAAAACAAAGGGCCCGAUGUUCGUCUUGGCAUUAACCAGCACUAUCCUAGCUUCAAGCCCCCUCCUUUUCCUUACCACAAUAGAUCACCUGCUGGCUCAGUGGCUUCUGCCACAAACUUCACCACCCACAACAUCCCACAAACAUUUAGUACAGCUAUUCGGUGCACCAAGUGUGGAAAAAGCUUUGACAACAUGCCAGAGCUACACAAGCACAUUUUGGCCUGUGCAAACGCCAGUGAUAAAAGGCGAUACACACCCAGAAAGAAUCCUAUCCCUCUACGGCACUUUGCAAAAUCUCAAAAUGGAGUGCUGUCUACUACAAAUUCUACUAACGGACUAAAUGCUUCCAACAGAGUCAGUCAGUCGAACAGAUCCAAACCUAGUCAGGAACCAUCGGUAAAGUUCAAAAUACUGAAGAAGAGAAAGAAAAAGUUGGUCCAAAGGGUAAUGCCACAGAGGAACAAGUCGGUCUCUUCAUCAAACAAAAGGUCGCCUGCACAUGUGGGUGAGCAACAGGAAACAUUUGUUUGCCCACACUGCAACAGAGAGUUCACAAUGCGUCGCAGCAGAACCAAACACAUGGCCGUCUGUCCCAAGAAACCUAAAGAAAUAAAGAAAAGGAAAGAGGGAGGAGUCUCUGUGACAAAGGAAAACGAUGGCCACUUGCGUAGGGCCACUUCUCAUGUUGAAGAGAAGCAACAAACUUCGCCUCAGCAUAAAACGAGGCUCCAGACAUCUGGCUCCACGAAGAGGCCCGCCAUCCUACCAGUGCAAACAGUCUUUUCAAGCAAAAGGAGUAAAAUCAUUAUAAAAGAGAGCACACAGCCAAAACAAGAGAUGCCCAGUCUGAGUGAACUUCCUCUUGUUCGCACUUUUAACCCCUCCAUGCGGCAGUAUAGCAGAGUGCAGCAUAACGUCAAAGGAGUUCCCAUUAAAAUCACCAUAGUGAAACCUCAACAGACUGCGACGCCGAAAGACGAGUCGCCUCCAGACGAGUCGCCUCCAGACCAGAGCGAAGAGAAAGAAAGUGGAAGCGUUACCAGCAGCUCCGAGCAGAGCACUUCAGCUUGACGACGGCCCAGCGGGAAUCAGCAGGACUCUGCUGUGUGAAACUCCUUCUGUGAUUUUUAAAGGGAGAAAACUGGUAAUGACACUGUAAAUCCAGCAGACUUGUAGGCUGUAUUAUACUGUACAUUAAAUGACUGAAUUCAGGACUAAGAAGACAGAUGAUUAAGGAUACGCCAGUGACUGGAUGCUUGUAACUGAGUGUUUGAAUGCUUUUUUUUUUUUUCAGUAGCUCAGACUUUUUGUAGAUCGCUCCUUUGUUUUUGUUUUUUAAACUUUCUGUCCGUGGCUUGGAUAUGGCACUUGGCAGUUAAUCUGACUGCAGCGUGUCACAAAUUGGAAAGGAAAAGUGGGAGGAAGUGAGCUAGAAGGCUGCGCUCUCAUUUCCUACUGGCUGCGUUAUGUGGAGAGGAUGGCAGGUGGCAAUCAUUUUUCGGCAUGCAUUUGCACUUUUUCUUAUCUGUUUAUCUGUGGCCUUUUGGUUUCAAAUCUUACUGCAUGCCGUCUGUGAGCUUGUACUGCAGCUACAUUUGUUUAGGAUGGAUUAUGUUGAAGGCCUUAAACACUCACUCUGGUGAUGCUCCUUUGCUAUGACAGACAGUAACCAAUGUAAUGAAAGAAAGCCACAUGUAGAGGGAUGUAAAUGUGGAUGAUUGUUUUUGAGCAAAAGACUUGGCUUCCUGUCAAAAUUCUUGUUAAGGAAAAUUCUCGCUUUUCAUCGUUGCGUGUGCGAAUGUAACAUUUAGUAGAUUUAAAGCUACAGCCUUUUCAGAUCAAAGAUGUGUUAUCCAGUUGGCUCAGCUGCUACUAUAUGUAUUUGGAGAAUAAUGCUCUUUAUGUGCCAUCAAAUAUAUAAGAUAAGAGUGGUGACAAUGAACGUUAUUCUGUGUUUCCCAGAUGAGGAAUUUAUUUUGGUAGUUCUGUCAACCAGAUUUUAUUUUGCGCGUCUACAAAAAUCUCACUUUAAAUGAAUGCAUGAACCUUUUUUCUUGUUAACAUUAGCUUUAGAUUAUUUAGUGCUACUUCUUGCAGCCGGAUCACAUGCAGUAUUCUCAAAGGCUUACAGGCCACCACAGAUAAAUCCUCGCCGUUUGCAGGUUGAUGUAUUCGCACUGCAAUCCCACACAGAAGUACUAUUUUAAUAAUCUGCACUACUCCUGCUUUUACAAUAGGCUCACCUCCACACUGCAUUACUAACGAAUAACAACUGCUUAUCUGAAGUAUUGUUUUUGUGUUGCUUUCGCCGCUCACCGAGUAGAAAUAUGGUCUGUUAAGGUUAUUUUCAGCUGUAACAUUCAAGCACUUGAUCCUUGCUUAUCCUGUGUGUGUGUGUGUGUGUGUGUGCGCGUGCGCGUAACAGUUUAAUGUGUGAAGUUUGCAUAAUGAAAUGUAUAAUGGAAAUGUGAUCACUUGCGGUGUCAUAAUGUCAUGAAAAUAUUAGUUGCAAUGCGUGAGUGGGUGUUAUGCAUUGUAUCCAUUUGAUUUAAGCUUUUUGUAAGCUAGUAAUUUAAAAGAUCCAUUGCUAUACAGGGUAGUUAUUGUGUUAUAACCAAAUUGAGUUGUAUUAAUUUGCUUAAACUGAAACUUGACAGUGGUCCGUGUCUGAGAGAGUAGGAGAGAUGGUACAUUUUUGUUUUGCCUUUUCAACCCUUGCUGGCGAUAUUUCCUCCACGGAGACAGACCGCAACACGUUGGACAUUCAGGACGGUUUUGGGAGACUGUUAUUUAACUGUGAAAAGUGCUUGUAGCAUUUCGAAGUGUAAAUUGAGUCAUGUAUAUUUAUUAAUAAUUUAAAAUCAUCAUGUUGUCGGUCUUUGAACGAUUCCUCUGUAUGAUUUGCACUAAAGGUUUCUCAAGCGAGUGUUCAAAAUAAAUGGAGAAUGUGAAGGCUA